AAUCAUCGCCGCUAAUCAAGCACCUCCAGUAGCCAUUACUCCUCAACACCUCGGCCAUGGAGCUUACGGCCGGGUCGAUCGUCGCGGCACCGGCGUGGGGCGAGAUGGAGACGGACUGCCUGGCGCACGUCUUCCGCCGGCUCUCGCUCGAGGACCUGGCCGAGGCCGCGCCGCUCGUGUGCCGCGGGUGGCGCCGCGCCGCCGCCGACCCGUCCCUGUGGCGCGCGCUCGACCUGCGCCACGACCACGUCGCGCGCUUCAUGCCAUGGAGCCCCCUCGCUGCCGCCUUCGCGCGCCGCUACGGCGUCGCCCGCUUCACCUUCGCGGGGUUCCUCAGGCUCUGCCUCGCCCGCGCCGGCGGCUCCUUGUCCCACCUCGAGCUCCCGCCGCUCCUCUCAUCCCCGGCAGCCGCCGAGCUCGAACUCGUCGCGGCCAACUGCCCAAAACUCCACCAAUUCGCGCUCCCGCCGCUCCUGUCCUCCGCCGACGAGGCGCGCCUGCCGGAGCUCAUCCCGCGGUGGCGCCACCUCCAGCACCUCGAGCUCGAGUCCAAGCCGUCAUCUUUCCCCGCUGUGGUCGCGCAGCUCGGCACGCACUGCCCCGGCUUCUCCGGCCUCAAGACCUCCGGGUCCAUCAAGCCGGAAGACGCGGCGUCCAUGGCGGCAUCGCUGCCCGGGCUCCGGUCGUUGUGCCUCGACUCCUCCUACCUCCCCAAGCAGGAGCUGCUCGCCAUUCUCGCCGGCUGCAAGCACCUCGUGGACUUCAGCGCCCGGAACUGUGUCGGGUUCAGCGAGAAGGACGAGGAGGUGAUCGGGCGAGGCGCUCGGAUCGAGCGGUUCGAGAUCGGAGGGUCCAGGUUCGUUGACGACGAGAUCAUGGCCGGUGACGACGAGUUCUGCGGCUCUUCCUACGUCGAUGUCAUGUGAUUUUCUCUUUUAAACUUAGGCUAGACGAUUCAUGUGGUCCAGUAUUUGGAGUAUUAAUUGUGUGCAUCUAGCCCGGCCCUGAUGUUUAUUUGCAACUGUUUCAGCGUGGAGAAUAGUAAUCUAUACAGUAGUUGUUGCGUGUU